ACAGCACCAGCUGAGGCACCCAAGAGGAUUACCCCCUUUGCCCCCCUCCCACCCACCCCCCAAAAAAGAGAAGAUCCCCUCCCCUGGCCCACCCCUUCCCCUCUUCCCUCCCCCCUCCCCCCGAACUUUCCCUCUCGCAUGCUUUUCCCCUGCACCACGGAUCGCCUCUCCGAUGCCGCUUGCCUGGAAGCUGCGUUAGGAGCGAGCGGCGGCGGCGGCGGCGGCGGUGGCGGCGGCGGCGGCAGCUCGGGAGUGCUAUGACCGGCAAACUCGCCGAGAAGCUGCCGGUGACCAUGAGCAGUUUGCUAAACCAACUGCCUGACAAUUUGUACCCCGAGGAGAUCCCCAGCGCGCUCAACCUCUUCUCUGGCAGCAGCGACUCGGUGGCCCAUUACAAUCAGAUGGCUACAGAGAAUGUGAUGGACAUCGGUCUGACCAACGAGAAGCCCAACCCGGAACUCUCUUACUCGGGCUCCUUCCAGCCAGCCCCCGGCAACAAGACCGUGACCUACUUGGGAAAGUUCGCUUUCGACUCCCCUUCCAAUUGGUGCCAGGACAACAUUAUUAGCCUCAUGAGUGCCGGCAUCUUGGGGGUGCCCCCGGCCUCAGGGGCGCUCAGCACGCAGACAUCCACCGCCAGCAUGGUGCAGCCGCCGCAGGGAGACGUGGAGGCCAUGUAUCCGGCGUUACCCCCUUAUUCCAACUGCGGAGAUCUCUACUCGGAGCCCGUAUCUUUCCACGAUCCCCAGGGCAACCCCGGGCUCGCCUAUUCCCCCCAGGAUUACCAAUCGACCAAGCCAGCCUUGGACAGCAAUCUCUUCCCCAUGAUUCCUGACUACAACCUGUACCACCACCCCAACGACAUGGGCUCCAUUCCGGAGCACAAGCCCUUCCAGGGCAUGGACCCCAUCCGGGUCAAUCCGCCCCCUAUCACCCCUCUGGAGACCAUCAAGGCGUUCAAAGACAAGCAGAUCCACCCGAGCUUCGGUAGCCUGCCCCAGCCGCCGCUCACGCUCAAGCCCAUCCGGCCCCGCAAGUACCCCAACCGGCCUAGCAAGACCCCGCUCCAUGAGCGGCCCCAUGCGUGCCCGGCGGAGGGCUGCGACCGCCGCUUCAGCCGCUCGGACGAGCUGACCCGGCAUCUGCGUAUCCACACGGGCCACAAGCCCUUCCAGUGCCGGAUCUGCAUGCGGAGCUUCAGCCGAAGCGACCACCUCACCACUCAUAUCCGCACGCAUACGGGCGAGAAGCCCUUUGCCUGCGAGUUCUGCGGGCGCAAGUUUGCGCGCAGCGACGAGCGCAAGCGCCACGCCAAGAUCCACCUCAAGCAAAAGGAGAAGAAGGCGGAGAAGGGGGGUGCGCCCUCCGCGUCCUCGGCGCCCACCGUGUCUCUGGCCCCCGUGGUCACCACCUGCGCCUGAGGCUCGGGCCCCCAGAAUCCCCUCUUUUCCCCUCCAGUGCCUCCCGGCUGCUCGCCUGAAGGCAGCGGGAAAGCCAGCCACGGAGGCUCAAGGGCCGCGCCCUGGCCUCUCCAUGGACGUGCGGCCCUUUGCACCCCUUCGAUGCCCCCCAUUCCCAUCCUUUCACACCGGCCAGCGGUCGAGGGCCAGGCUGGAGGCGCCUUCCCCUCGCUGUCCCCCACUUAGCCAAGGCGUGGGGGCGGAAAGGUGGCGUCUAGCCCGCUUUGUUCAGUUGGGAUCGCCUUGAUCCAGGGGCCGCUGGGCCGCGCCAAGGACCUGCGGGGGACUGAAGGCGGGGCCCACCCAACCCUCGCCCUACCCAAGCACCUCACUGAUUCCCCCCGUGUGUCUCUUCCCCCUCGAAGACCCGAGAGGGGGAGGGAGUAUGGAGCGCACCAAAGCGCAGAGCUUGCUGCCCGCCGCACGCACGCGCGCCUGCGUGCGGGGAUGCGCGCGAGUGUGUGCGUGCUCGCGUGUGUGUGUAUGUGUGUAUGUGUGUGUGCGCGCGCGCGCGUGUGUGAGAGACUCUUGAGCUGAACUGGGCUGUGUCUAACCCAAACUCUUCCCCACAUCGGGUCCCCAAAGCCGCUCGGGGAUAUCCC